AUGGCGGCGGCGCCGGGCUCCCCGUUCCUCUGGGCGCUGCUCCCGCCUCUCCUCACCCUCUGCCUGGCGGAGCCCCCCGGCUCCCGGGGGACAGGGCUCAGCCUCCACCCGCCCUACUUCAACCUGGCGGCGGCAGCCGGCAUCUCGGCCACGGCCACCUGCGGGGAGGCGGCUGGCGGCGGCGGCGGGCGGCCGGAGCUGUACUGCAAGCUGGUCGGGGGGCCGCCCGCCGCCCCCCUGGGCCGCGCCAUCCAGGGACAGUUUUGUGAUUAUUGCAAUGCUGCUGAUCCCAGUAAAGCUCACCCGGUCACCAAUGCAAUUGAUGGCACAGAGCGCUGGUGGCAAAGUCCUCCUCUUUCUAUGGGCUUGAAGUACAAUGAAGUCAAUGUCACUUUAGAUCUGGGACAGCUCUUCCAUGUUGCCUAUAUCCUUAUCAAGUUUGCAAAUUCUCCUCGUCCAGAUCUCUGGAUCUUAGAAAGAUCAGUGGACUUUGGAAGAACUUACACCCCCUGGCAAUAUUUUGCUCACUCCAAAGCAGAUUGCUUGGAGCGGUUUGGAAAGGAAGCUAAUCUUCCGCUGAGGAGGGACAGCGAUGUCCUUUGCAGCACAGAAUACUCUCGCAUUUUGCCUCUGGAAAACGGAGAGAUCGUAGUAUCUUUGGUAAAUGGCCGCCCAGGAGCAAAAAACUUCACUUACUCCCCUGGUCUUCGAGAAUUCACAAAAGCAACAAACAUUCGCCUUCAUUUUCUCAGAACUAAUACACUUCUUGGACACUUGAUAUCGAAAGCUCAACGAGACCCCACUGUAACCCGUAGAUAUUACUACAGUAUAAAGGACAUCAGUAUUGGUGGUCGAUGUGUUUGCCAUGGCCAUGCUGAAGUAUGUAAUGCAAAGAGCACUGAAAACCAGUACCGGUUUCAAUGUGAAUGUCAGCAUAAUACUUGUGGGGAAACCUGUGAUCGCUGCUGCCCUGGAUAUAACCAGAAGCAGUGGCAACCUGCAACAGCUGGGAGCGCAAAUCUGUGCGAACCCUGCAAUUGCCAUGGACAUGCCACUGAUUGCUACUAUAAUGCUGAUGUUGAUCAGCGUCAAGAAAGCUUAAACAUCCAUGGCCAUUAUGAAGGCGGAGGUGUCUGCAUUAACUGCCAGCAUAACACAGCUGGUAUUAACUGUGAGAAGUGUGCGAAAGGUUACUAUCGUCCUUAUGGUGUUCCAGUGAGAGCUCCUGAUGGAUGUAUACUUUGCAGUUGUAACUCGGAGCACGCAGAGGGCUGUGAGGAAGGGUCUGGCCGCUGCAUCUGUAAGCUGAAUUUCCAGGGAGAAAACUGUGAACGCUGUGCUGAUGGAUUCCAUGAUUAUCCAUUUUGUGUCCGUAUUCCUGCAUAUCCUUUUACUUCUCCCAAUCCAAGAGAUGAAAUGGCUGGUGACAUAAUUGAAGGUGGCUGCAAACCAGGAUAUUUUGGCCCCCGGUGUCUGCCGUGCCGGUGCCACGGCGCGGGAGUGCUGGGCGGUGACUGCGAUGGAGACACCGGACGGUGCAGAUGCCGAGUGGGAUUUGAGGGGUUUUCCUGUGACACCUGUGCAGCUGGGUAUUUUCAUUACCCCUUCUGCCAGGUGUGUGAAUGUAAUUUGGUGGGUACCCAGUCCGAAGUCUGCGAUUUUCUUGGGAGGUGUCUUUGUCGCUCCGGAGUAGCUGGACCUCAAUGUGACAGCUGCCAGCCUGGCCACCACUCUUUCCCUGCCUGCCAAGAAUGUAACUGUGAUGCUGUUGGCUCAGUGGAGAGUACAUGUGGUCCUCGAGGUCAGUGUCUGUGCCAUAGCAACUACGCUGGACUUAGAUGUGACCAGUGCGCUCUGGGUUAUUACAGCUAUCCCAGCUGUUUGCCUUGUCAGUGCUCUCCCAAUGGUUCCCAGCAUGGCGUGUGUGAGCCCGUGUCGGGGCAGUGCCAGUGUCAAGCGGGCGUCACGGGGCGACGCUGUGACAGAUGCCUUUCUGCUGCCGACAUUUUCCCCUACUGCAAAGGUGUCAACAGUGAAUGUGACCCUUCAGGUAGUGUUGAUUCUCAUUCUGGCUAUUGUCAAUGUCUUCAGCACGUUGAAGGUCCUACCUGUAGUAAAUGCAAACCGUUGUACUGGAACUUGGCCAAAGAAAACCCUGAGGGAUGUACAGCAUGCCAGUGUGAUGUGAGUGGAACACUAAGUGGAAUCGGAGAAUGUCAGCAGGAAAAUGGGCAUUGUUACUGCAAAUCUAAUGUUUGUGGAGAUUCCUGUGACACUUGUGAAGCUGGCUAUUAUGCUCUCGAAAACAAGAAUUAUUUUGGCUGCCGAGGUUGCCAGUGUGAUGUUGGAGGAUCCCUCAGCCCUGUGUGUGCGGAGACCUCGGGUGGCUGCCAGUGCAGGGCGCACGUCGUGGGGAUGGCCUGUCAGGAGCCUGAAAAAAACUACUUUUUCCCUGAUUUGCACCACAUGAAGUUUGAGAUUGAAGAUGGUACUACUGUCACAGGAAGCGAAAUCCGGUUUGGCUAUGAUCCUCAGGAAUUUCCUAGCUUCAGUUGGAGAGGAUAUGCCCAGAUGUCCUCUAUACAACCAGAGGUGGUUGUGCCUGUCACUGUGGCUUCCCCUAAGCUCUUCCACCUAGUCCUCCGCUAUGUCAGCCUGGGCUCAAAAAGCUCUAAAGGGAAGAUCUCAAUUGCUGAGGGAAAACAUUUUGGCACUAAUUAUACUUGGGCUGCUCAGAGCAAAGACUUUGUCUUCCCACCUAGCAAGGAGCCAGCUUUUAUCACAAUCCCAGGAAAAAACUCCACAGAGCCUUUCUCACUGGUUCCAGGCACAUGGACUAUCAGCAUAAUGGCAGAGGAAGUCCUCUUGGAUUAUAUGGUGCUGUUACCUAGUGAUUACUAUGAAGCAUCCAUCUUGCAGAUAAAAGUUACAGAGCCUUGCACCUAUUCAGGACGCGCCUCAACAGAGCACUGCUUGCUCUAUCAGCAUUUGCCACUGGGCAGAUUUUCCUGUGUCCUUGGUUCAGAGGCAGCGUAUUUCAGCCAUGGGGGAGGAUACAGAAGAAUACCUGUGCGACAGCCAACUCCUCAUCAACCAGUGAUGUCCCAUAUCAGUGGAAGAGAGGUCAAUUUGCAGAUGACCAUAAAAGUUCCUCAAGUUGGUCGCUAUGUUCUGAUUUUUGAAUAUGCCAAUGAGGAGGAUCGGUUACACACUGCUGAGGUAAUAAUACAUAGCCCCGGACCUGUAACCGAAGGCAGAGUGAGAAUAUACAGUUGUAAAUACAGUUUCCUUUGCCGCAGUGUCGUAGUCGAUGACAGGAAUCGUGUUGCAGCCUAUGACCUUCUAGCAGACACAAAGAUACACCUUAAAGCAUCAUCAAUUAAUUUUCUUCUGCACAAGGUUUGUAUUGUAUCAGCUGAAGAAUUUUCUCCAGAAUAUGUGGAUCCUAAAGUACAGUGCAUAGCUGCUUACAGGAGUACCCGUGAUGGAAGUGCAACAUGCAUUCCCUCAGCGUAUGAAACUCCACUGUCGGCUUUGGUUUUGGAUGCACUCAAGGAUGGGAAAAUUUCUGAAGUUCAGAGAAACAUACUCUAUGAUCCAAUGAGUGCCCCUUUACCUUCUGACUCAGUUCGUGGAGUCACCCUGACAUCAUUACAGAACCAGAUCACUUUAAGUGGCAGAGUGCCCCGCUUGGGCAGAUACGUAUUUGUGGUACAUUUUUAUCAGCCAGCACACCCAGUGUUCACCGUCCAAGUCCAUGUGGAUGCGGGACGGGUGUGGUCAGGUUCCUUCAAUGCUUCAUUCUGCCCUCAUACCUCUGGCUGUCGGGAUCAAGUGAUUGCAGAAAAUCAAAUUGAGCUUGACAUUUCUGAACCCGAGGUCUCUGUUACAGUGGUGAUACCUGAUGGAAGAAUGUUGGUUCUGGAAAAAGUCUUAGUUGUUCCAGCAGACACCUACAGUUACAAAAUUCUUGACAAAAAGACAGUGGACAAGUCAUUUGAUUUUAUCAACCAAUGUGGAGGAAACAGUUUUUAUAUUGACCCAGAAGGAUCGUCGGCCUUCUGUAAGGACUCCGUAAGGUCACUAGUGGCUUUCUACAACAACGGAGCCCUGCCUUGUAAUUGCCAUAGCGCGGGUGCCACGAGCCCUACCUGCAGCCCCCUGGGAGGACAGUGUGUUUGCAGGCCUCACGUCAUCGGUCGUCGGUGCAGCCGGUGCCAAACUGGCUACUAUGGAUUCCCAUUCUGCAAGUUAUGCAACUGUGGGCAGCGGCUUUGUGACGACGUGACUGGUAAAUGCAUUUGCCCUCCACGAACUCUGAAACCCAAGUGUGAAGUGUGCGAGAAACAUUACUUCAGCUAUCACCCUCUUGCUGGCUGCGAGAGCUGCAACUGUUCAGAAAGAGGAGUUGUUAAUGUGGCAAGCCCAGAAUGUGAAAAAACCAACGGGCAAUGCAAGUAA